UUGUUGUCAGUCAUGAAUCACGAACAAAUACAAUUAGAAAAUGUUUUAAAUAAUAUUUAUAGCAACAAGUUUAUUCUUGAUGACAGACAACGUCAACUGCUUCUAGAUUAUGUUAAAGCUGAAGCGUUAAAUGCUAACCAGAAACUGUCAAAGAACACGAAUACUUUUUUUAAUUGGAUAGCAAACGUUGUACGAUCAUGGAAAUACAACACACCUUCGAUAAAGUCUAUGAUAUUUUUUAUAGAUUUGCUCACACUAUUUACAUUAAACGAAUUAAAUUUUCUUCUAUUACAUCAGAAUGAUACGCUGGUGACAACUAUUGUAACAUUGAACAAAAUGAAUGUGACCAAGGAAAAAGAUUUGAUGAUAGUUUACUUAAAUAUGUUAAACACCUUUACUUAUAAUGAAUAUUCUAACCGAUGGUUGAGUACAACAUUUUAUCUGUGGAGCAAUAUCUUUGACACUAUUGGUACUGAACUAGUACCAAAGGAACUUGCCCAGUUUUCAGUAAAUUUCCAAGCCAAUGUUAUAGAGGAUAAUAAAUUGCUUUUAAUAGAUUUUUCCAAGAUAUUAUACGGUUCAUUUUUAAAACUAAAUGACAAAAUUUUAGCAGGAAAAUUAAACACCAUUAAGGAAUAUGAACUGAAAAAUGAAUUGAUGCCAACUUUAAAAUUUCUAGUUGAAUCUUUCAUUUAUACAUUUGCAAAUAACCAACAAAUAUCAUUCUGGAUUAGUAUUGACUGUACACUACUAAAUUUUAACAAGCUGUUAAAUAGUAUUUUAAUUUUUGCGAGAGAUACAGACUUCAUAAUUUAUUUAAGCAAAUUGCUAUUGUCAAUGAAAUUACUAGAAUUAAAAAACUACGAAUGCCAUGAAAAAUUCAUAAGCAAUUUAAAAUGUAGAAUUAUUGAAAUUUUUUCAGUGGUUAUUGAUAAAAAAUGUCCAGAUAUCAUGCAAGAAGUGUUACUUCAUUGCAUUAUUUUAUGGCAUCACAUAAACAAAAUUAUCGAUGUUUCUGUCUUGAAAUUAGAAUAUCGUUUAGAUUUGUUUUUAAUAUUUCUACUACGAAUGCCGAGUUUCACGAUAUUGUUUCAAGUAUACGGAAAACAACUUUUCUCGUUAUGGACGAAUGAUGAUAUUCGUGGACUUAUUAGAGAUGAUAUAUUUAAAGCUAUGAGCAGAGAAGAUAUGAAUAUUAUUAAAAAAUACAAGGAUUUACUGGUAAAGGAGAGUCGCACCCAAUUAUGUGCUCAAUCAAUACAAUCCUGUAUAAAAGUUAGGCAUAUGUGCAGUAGAAGAACUAUAAACUUUUUAUUUCAAUGUUUGGUAUACGCAUUAGACGAUAUCGCCCCUGAUUUAUUGAAAAACAAAGGAUUUAAAUCGCCUUAUUAUAACGAGGAGUACCUUAUAGCUACGUUACAUGGUCUUACUAUUUUAAUUGAAGAGUUUGAUUUGUCUUGGAAAGAUGCAGUUGAAUCAAUAGACGUUUUAAAGAUAGUUACUGACUAUGUUACUAAUAUGAAACUGUCUUCACAGAUGAUUAUUAAAUUUUUAAAUCUCGCCAAACUUUGUAUAAACAAACACAUGUGUCCGAAUAUGAUACUUUUAAUGGACACGGAGGAUUCUCCCUUAAAUGCAAUCGGAACUUUAAUUGUUUCUUUUUUAUCUGGAGACGAUACAAACAUUUCAGAACAGGCUUUAGAAUUGUUAUGUGUUAUAUGUAACAAAGCAAAAUCAGAGUAUCCACAUUUACAAAACAUUCUACUUAAUUUGAAAUUACAUACAACUACUUUAAACAUUGCAAUGGCAAAUAAGAAGCAGAAUUUAAGAUUAAAGGCGAUGAAAUGUUUAAAACACAUGGUAAAUAUGGGUCAAAUUUGGAAAAACAUGACUUCUCGUCAAUUAUUGGAUGAAUUCAUCGGUCUCUUGAAAAAUGAACGAGUGGACGCUUUAAGAGCAGAAGCUGUGUCACUUAUAUCAACAAUAUACAAUUUAGACUAUUUUUUUGAAGAUCAGGUGAAUGAAAUUUACAAUAUUAUAACACAUCUAGGAGUAUACGAUUACGAUUUAAAUGUUAGAAUAAACAUUCUACAUUUUUGGCAAGAAGUAAUUGCGAAACUCCUAUCGGAACAAGGUAUGAUUGAUAAUGAGUUUCCUGAAGUCACAUUUUCUAAGGAUUCAAAAAAAAUUGUAAUAUUAGAUGAUGUAGAAAUAAUAAAAAGACUGAGAAGAGUGAUGAAUACAUUAAGUGACAUAGGGUGCUUAUUUGUGCUGAGUAGGAUAGCAAUUAGUAGUAAAAAAGAAGAAUCUAAUGUUUGUAGAAAUGUAAUAAACAAACUCCUGACUACUUUAGAACGGUACAAUGUCAAUCUUCAAAACAUAGAGUCAGAUGAAAGUUAUUGUAAAAAUACAAGUUCUAGAAUCCAUACAGAUUUCUACGCAGAUACAGAAAUUGUUACUGCUAAAGCGUUUCUGAUGAACAUAAUAGAUAUUAACUCAAAAGUAACAGUAAUCAAAGAUGUUAAAAUUCCUAGCCUAGAUGAAAUUUUAGACAACAUAUUACAAUCGAACAAAGACGUAGAUGAGUUCAUUGGACUUUUGAAAAAUGAACGAGUGGACGCUUUAAGAGCAGAAGCUGUGACACUUAUAUCAAUAAUAUACAGUUUGGACUACUUUUUUGAAGAUCAACUUGAUUAUGUUAUUAACAUAAUGAAUGCCAUCGACAAAAAAUUGCAUAAGUGUCUAAAUCGCAUUUUGGAAGCAGAUAUAGAUGAAAAAACGAUUGAACAUUUUCUUACAGUCGUUAACAAAAUAGAAAAUAAAACACAAAAUUUGACGAAGAACAGCCAAAUCAUUGGAAAAUGGGCGGACAUUACACUUUUAAAGUACAAAUUAGGAAAACCUUCCCUGAAAAAUGUCAAGUUUAUUUUAAAUAUUGUCGGCAUCAUCUCGACAAAACCUGUUACUUUUGUGAUGCUACACAACUACAACAUUUACAAUCGACUAAUUGGACUUGUAACAUGUUUAAAUACCGGAGAAGAUGAAAGCUUUAACAUAGCUUAUAUAAAAUUACUGUAUUCUUUAACACAAACCAAUUUUGGUAUGGAAUGGCUUAUUGGAUGCAACCAGUGGACAACGGUUGUGGAUAUUCAUCACCGCCAUUACACGGAAAGACUUGCAAAGGAAGUUAUCAAGGUUUAUGGCGCAAUGUUUAUAAAGGCAGCACCUUCUAAUAAAGUAUUUUUGGUGGAUCUGUACAACAUUGCCUUGACACCCAUGAGAAAUAUUAUGUCGACACCGAUACAGUCUUUAACUGAUGAAAUUGAACAUCAGUGGUAUUUGGCUUUAAGACCCACCAUACGGGGAUAUUAUGAUUGUUUAGUAUAUUUAUCUGAAAAUAUUACGAUACAAACAUUCCGAUACUGGACAAUGUACUUUCUAAAACUAUUUAAUAUGCAAACUAUUCUUUGCACCUUGCUUGGUAAAGUAAGGAGUCCAAUAUUUACUCUGGACAUAUCCAAGGGUCUUCUAUUGACCCAAAUUUUGGAAGUAAAAGAAGUAUCAGAGAGUUCAAAGGCAGAUUUAGUCGAGAAAUAUAUAAAAAGUCUUGUAAAAAUUUUAGAAGUGAAUAUUGACAGAGGAUUUCAUAGUAAUGUUCUGGAAUUGGGUUAUAUUGGUCAAACUUUUUGGAGACGGAUUUGUGAUCUUCUGAAAAUUACGACUGAUAAACUACCUUUUGAUUUUCAACAUGAUCUCUUAAUAUUUCAAAUGAUGCCACUGAUGUCAUCAAAUAAGAGAAUAGUAGGAAGGACGAGCGCCUUCGGAGAUGAUUUCAGAGACGACUUUAUAGAUUUGCUUUCUUCCAAAUCGAAUAAAAAUACUUGGCCGCUUAUGAUGAAAUUUCUCAAAACACUGAAUGCAAAGGACAGCCUUAUAUCUGAGUGCAUCGAAGCCCUUGUACAUAUAUCAAAGAAACAUGACAUGUACAACAAAGAUAACAUUUCCAUUUUCUUUAGAUAUUUAAUUUAUUAUUUAGCAGAUAUUGUGAAUCAAAUUAGUAAAAGUAAUACGUUGACUACCAAUAUGUAUAAUGAAAAAUUAAUUGAUGUGGUACUACAAGCAAUAUUAAUAUACAUUGAACAAUACGACGUGUCUUGGAAAACCAGCGUUGAAUCAAUUUUCAUCUUAAACACUAUCAUAGAAUUUCUGCAAAUUCAUCAAUUCAAUGUGGAGUUGAUCGUGAAAGCUUUAAAGUUGGUUGAGUUGGCAAUAUCAAAAUACAUGUCACCUAAUCUAGCUCUGUUACUGGAUUCUAAUGAUCCCACCAUGAUAUCCCUUGGACCGCUUCUCCAUUCGAAGCUUCAUGAUAGUUGUGUACUCAUUAGACACACAGCCAUGGAAGUACUUUUGAAGAUCUCCCAAUAUGCUGUAUCAAAAUUUCCCUAUUACAGGAAAAUCAUAUUGGAGUCUAAAUUGUGUGACAUAGCGGUGAAAAUAGCCCGCAGUACAGAAGAAUCAAGCGUUAGAAUAAAAGCACUGAAGUGUCUGCAAAAAAUGAUACUAGUGAACGAGUUCUGGGAGCGUUUAGUUUCAAUUGUGAAUUUUCAGGAAGUCUUUCUUUGUAUGCUAACCCACGAAGAGAACGACUGCAUUCGAUCAGAACUGGUGAAUGUUUUAACAAUUCUUUUUGAAGAAGAACAUCUCAGUGACUCGCAAGUUGAAAAACUUUACAACAACAUGGCACAUUUAGGAAUAUACGACCAUCAAAUUGACGUACGAGUGAAUGUGUUAAAUUUUUGGCACAGAGUAAUCAAAAUGUGCUUGCACGAAGAAGGAAUGAUUGAUAAUGAAUUCCCGGAGGUCACCUUUUCUAAGAUGACAAGGAAAAUUGUCAUAUUAGACGAAAAACAGAUAUUUAAACGGCUUAAUAACAUUUUAAAUAAAUUGAGUUCGAUCGGUUGCUUGUCGGUGUUAAACGAGGCAAGGAAGGGUGACGAAGCAUUAGAAAAGAAUAGGGCAAUUAAAAUUAUUAAGGAACUCUCAGAUAUUCUCGUAAAUUACAAGUUUGAUGAAAACAGCCUAGACGGUUCUUCCUCCAAAAACGCUACAAUCAAAUGCAAUCAUAUAAAUUUAGAUUUACAAUUAUAUUCACCUGAAGACCAUAUCAGUGAACAAUUUUUGGAUUUGUUCACAGAUGGUACUAAAGUAGCUGCAUAUUAUGAAUCUGUAAGCCCUAUGGAGUUUUUACAAACCAUUAAGGAAGUAAAUACGCCAGUAGUCGUGCAACAAUCCACCACCACCAAUGAAGAAUUUGAAUUUGAUGUGAUCUUAGAUUCUAUAGUAAAUGAUUUCAUGAUUUUAACCAAAUCGGAUAAUUUGACGAAACUAUCACCAAUUUACCUAAAAUGGCUGUCCACAUCCUUGUCAAAGUACCGAGACUGUGAACCAAACAUAGAAGAGAUCACAUUUUUAAUAGACUUAACGUGCAUCCUAUCGAACAACCGACAAAAACUAAUGGUGAUCCAUCGAUUUCAAAUUUUCGAUAACAUUCAAUUAAUAGUGAACAAGUUACAAGAGAAGUCCGACCAUUCCUUGGACCUGCCUUAUUUGAAUCUAUUGGAUUCUUUAACUGAAACAGUGUUUGGAAGAGAAUGGCUGGUGACACACUUUUACUUCUGGAGCAAUUUCUUAGAGAUACAGAAUGAAAUUACUUGUGAAGCUAUAAACAACAAAUUAUGUGAUUUUAUGGGUCACUUAUUGUGUCGAGUUGUGCCCAGUCACAAACUGCUAAUAAUUGAUAUAGCUCAAAUUUUUUUGAGAUCGUUGUAUGAGGUGAAUGCCAUCGUUACAAAGGAGGGUUAUCAAAAAGAAAAACUUCCUGAACUACAAAUUAAACUCAGUGCUACACUAUAUGCGGUCAGUAAAAUGCUAUUCAAGUUGAGCGAUAAAUUGACUAGUGACAGCUUCCCAACUUGGAUCCUACAAUAUAAUAUACUGGUGAGCUUUGUACCUAUGCUGCAAAAACUCUUAGACAGCACAGAUGACGAAGUGUUUACAUUCGAAUUAUGCAGGAUGCUUCUACCUUUACACUUUUUAGAUCUAAAUCCGUUUGUAAUGAAAAGAAAAAAUGUGGAGCACAAAUCGAUUAAAAAAUACAUAAAAAAUGUUUGGAAUUUAAUUUGUCUGAAUGUAAAUAGAGGAUUUGUAGAAAACACUUUAGAAAUUGGAAGGUUGACGUUAAUGUAUUGGAAAAAUAUUAGUGAAUUUUUGGACAUCUCAUCAGAACAAUAUUCUACAAAUUUUGAAAUCGAAAUUAUGUGCAUACAAAUGAUUCCUCUCCUCUCAAUUGACGUCAAAUUAACCGGAAAAAAUUUUGGCGUAACUCUAGAAGAAAAUGAACAAAGGGGUCAAUGUUUCGACUCAAUUUUAUCUAAAAUCGAUAUCAUGUGCUUACCAGUGUAUUACAAACUUAAAUUGGCAAUUCUCAAUCUUCCACAUAUAUCUCCUAUAGCCACGAUUGCAUUUAAUAAUUUAAAGUCCAUGCAUACAUACAUGCUAAAAGAAAGUGCUGUAAUAUUUUUCAAAUUAUUUGUUUAUUUACUUGAGGACUUAUUUAUCUUUUGUGAACGUACCAGGGAAAGUGGGAUUACUCAAGAAAGAAUUGAAUUUUUCCUUGCACUUCUUGGCGUUACAAACAUUAUUAUAAAUCGAUUCAAUUUGUCAUGGCAGGAUGGAUAUGAAACAAUGCAAAUUCUCAAAAACUUAAUUGACUUUCUUCAGUUACCUGUUUUGGAUGUGGUUAAAGUUGAAUCACUCAAAUUAAUAAGUCUAACUAUAUCAAAAUAUUUAUGUCCACAUAUGGCAUUACUUAUUGAUACGGACCAGGAUGGAACUAUCACGUAUCUAGGACCUUUGAUCAAAAAAAAUAUGCAAGACAAAUCUCCCGAAAUAACAAGCGCUGCUUUAGAAGUGCUACAUGUCAUUUCAGAAAAUGCAAAAGAAAAGUAUCCGUAUUUCCAGAAAACAAUUUUGGAACAUAAUCUCCAUAAUGAAGUGCUUAAAUUAGUGGAGAAUACAACAGAAGCAAUUGUGAAGAAAAACGCACUUAAGUGCUUGCAAGAGUUUGUAAAAUCACCUAUAAUAUGGCGAGAAAUUGAUAAUUUAUCUACCUUAGAGGAGAAUCUUAUAACAAUUUUAAAAACUGAUUUGUCCGUACGACCUGAAGCUAUAAAUGUUAUUACCGCAUAUCUAGAAGAAGACUACAUAUCUGAAGAAAAUUUAAACAAAAUAUACUAUUCAAUAUCCCACAUGAAUUUAUUCGAUCCAGAAACGGAAAUUAAAAUUUGUGGAUUGAAUUUUUGGAAACAGGUUAUACGUAAGGAAUUACAAGAGCAAGGAAUGAUCGACAAUGAGUUCCCUGAAGUGACCUUUUCGAAGAAGCUGCGCAAAAUUGUCACACUGAAGGGAUCUGAAAUUAAAACGAGACUAAAUAAAGUUAUGCAAAAAUUGAGUAAGAUUGGAUGCCUCUCUGUACUGAUAGAAUGUUUAAAAUCAAAUGAGGACGAAGAGAGUAAAACUGCUUUGGAAAUUGUCGAUUAUUUAAGAGAAAUUUUAAAGAAGUAUGGUCUAACCAUAGAUACAAUAGAGGAUGUUGAUGAUGUUACAAAUAAUACAAAUGUCCAACUGGACCUUGAAAUGAAUGGUGAAGAUACCGAUGAUAAUUUUGAAAAAAUAAUCCAUCCACUGUUUCUAGACUUUAUAGAAAAUGAUUCAAGUGAUAAAAUAUAUUAUAAAAUAAUUACACCAAAAGAAUUUUUAACAGAUAUUUCAGAAAAACAUGUUGUGAAAGAUACCAAUUUAAACAAUAAGAAUUUUGACGCAUUUUUAAACAGUAUAAUUGAUAAAAGUGUUGAAGCAAUUGAUUUGGACGAUGAAGAAUGUGACAGUAAUUCAAGUUAAAAUGGUUUUAUUUUAUAUUCAUAUGUUAUUAAGACUGAUAUAAUUUUAAAAUGUUUUUAAUAAAGUUUUCAUCUACAAACAA